UUUACCACAUCCUUGCAGCUCGUGGGCCCGUGUUGCACACGCGGCCCACAAACCACGUGACCCCGGUGGAACACCUGAAAACACCCUUAACUCUAGGCACCUUCAGUCCUGCGGCCCUGGCGCUCAGUUUCAUCGCACAUGUGUUGUCCGGUGUUCCCCGUGAACCACCGUUACUCGCUCUAGCAAACGCCCGUUUGCACUCAUUGUGACGCUUGUCCUUGUGUACCUGCUGUGACAAGUGAUGUCUGCUUUUCCGAAGUUUCAGUUCGCUAUCGAUCGUGGUGGAACGUUCACGGACGUGUACGCGCGCUGCCCCAGCGGCAGAGUGCGGCUCAUGAAGUUGCUCUCCGAAGAUCCGGCCAACUAUGCCGACGCUCCCAGGGAGGGCAUCCGUAGAAUCCUCGAACAGGAGACGGGGCGUCCGUUCCCGGCCGACGAGAAGAUGGACGCCUCCGAGAUUGAGUGCAUCCGCAUGGGCACGACGGUGGCCACCAACGCCCUGCUGGAGCGCAGGGGCGAGCCCACUGCCCUGGUGGUCACCGCUGGCUUCAGGGACUUGCUCUACAUCGGCAACCAGUCUCGGCCCAACCUCUUCGACCUGACAUGCGCCCAGCCGGAGGUGCUGUACGACCAAGUGGUGGAGGCGGAGGAGCGGGUGGUCCUCUGCCGCAGCGACUGCCAGCUGGACCUGCCUUCGGCCAGGUGCCAAGGAACCACCGGCGAGACGGUGAGCGUUGUGAAGCCCCUCAACGUACCCAAGUUGAGGGCCGACCUGGAGCGAGUUCUGGCCAAAGGAAUUGGGAGCCUGGCUGUGGCACUGCUGCACUCUUACACGUUCCAAGAGCACGAGCGGCUGGUGGGGGAGGUGGCCCUGGAGCUGGGCUUCCGGCACGUCUCUCUCUCGUCCCAGGUGAUGCCCAUGGUCCGCGUCGUGCCCAGGGGCUUCACAGCUUGUGUGGACGCCUACCUGACCCCGUGCAUCAAGAAGUAUGUGGAGGGAUUCACGCGUGGAUUCCAGGAAAACCUGAAGGAUGUGGCGGUGCUCUUCAUGCAGUCGGACGGAGGUCUCACCCCCAUGCACAUGUUUUCCGGCUCCCGGUCCAUCCUGUCUGGUCCCGCUGGCGGAGUGGUCGGGUAUGCCAAGACCUCGUACAGCCCCCUGGACCGUGUGCCCGUCAUCGGCUUCGACAUGGGAGGCACUUCAACGGAUGUGAGCAGGUUUGAUGGUCACUUUGACCACACCUUCGAGACCACAACUGCGGGAGUGACCAUCCAGGCACCCCAGCUGGACAUCAGCACAGUGGCUGCCGGCGGGGGCUCCAUGCUCUUCUUCCGGUCGGGGCUCUUCGUGGUUGGACCCGAGUCGGCCGGAGCUCACCCGGGGCCGGUCUGCUAUCGCAAGGGGGGUCCCCUGACGGUGACGGACGCCAAUGUGUGCCUGGGGCGUCUGCUGCCCGACCACUUCCCCAAGAUCUUCGGCAAGAAUGAGCGGGAGCCCCUGGACAAGGCUGCGGCCAUGGAAGCCCUCCGCAAGCUCACGGCACAGGUGAACUCCUGCCUCGGAGGCUCCAUGACCCCGGAGCAGGUGGCCAUGGGCUUUGUGAGCGUGGCCAACGAGUCCAUGUGCCGGCCAAUCAGGGCCCUGACCCAGGGCAAGGGCCACGACUCGGCCAAUCACGUGCUGGCGUGCUUCGGAGGGGCCGGAGCGCAGCAUGCCUGCGCGGUUGCACGAGCCCUCGGAAUGACCAAGGUUCUCAUUCACAGGUACGCUGGCAUCCUGUCGGCCUACGGGAUGGCGCUGGCAGACGUGGUGGAGGAAGCUCAGGAGCCCUGCGCCCUUCUUUACACGUCAGGGAACAUUGGGCAGAUCGAUGCCAGGCUCAAGGAGCUCAGUGAGCGCUGCAUAGACCGGCUGCUCGACCAAGGAUUUAAGCGGGAGCAAAUAGAGGUGGAGCCCUUCCUGCACAUGCGCUACGACAGGACGGACUGUGCACUCAUGUGCCCACCGGAAGUCUCCGGUGGCAGUCCCGACCCACGGGCCAGCGGGGACGUGGUCUCGAGCUUCGGGAACUUCCAGGGCUCCUUCCAGAGCAGGUACAAGAGAGAGUUUGGGUUUGUUCUUCGUGGCCGCGACAUUGUGGUGGACGACGUGCGUGUGCGUGCCGUGGGACGCUCGUGCCUCACGCAUUCGCACCAGCUGCCCAGGGCUGAAGGGGACCCACAGCCCACAGAGGAGACCCAGUGCUACUUCGAGGACCGCUACUACACAACGCCGGUGUUUCUGCUCAAUAAACUCUUGGCCGGCCACGUGGUUCAGGGGCCUGCCAUUGUGAUAGACGACAACUGCACCAUAGUAGUGGAGCCAGGCUGUCAUGCGCAAGUCUUGGAGCAGGGAGACGUCUGCAUCACGGUGAACCAGCCGGCCCGGGAGAAGAUUGGUCUGGAGCUAGACGCAGUGCGCCUGUCGCUCUUCUCGCACCGGUUCAUGAGCAUAGCCGAGCAGAUGGGCAAGAUCUUGCAGAGGACCGCCAUCUCCACAAACAUCAAGGAGCGGCUGGACUUCUCGUGCGCCUUGUUUGGGCCGGACGGGGGCCUGGUGUGCAACGCCCCGCACAUUCCGGUCCACCUGGGAGCCAUGCAGGAGGCUGUGCAGUACCAGAUGAAGGCACUUGGGGAGAACAUCCUUCCCGGAGACGUCAUCUUGUCGAACCACCCGCAGGCCGGAGGCAGUCACCUGCCUGACCUCACCGUCAUCACUCCCGUGUUCUACCCCGGCGAGCCACGUCCGGUGUUCUUCGUGGCCAACCGCGGCCACCACGCGGACAUUGGGGGCAUCAGCCCGGGCUCCAUGCCGGCCCACUCGCACUCCAUCCUGGAGGAAGGAGCCACCUUCCUCUCCUUCAAGCUGGUCCAGGCCGGCGUCUUCCAGCAGGAGGCACUGACCGAGGCACUGAACGCCCCUGCGCUGCUGCCCAACUCCAGUGGGACGCGCAACCUGCGAGACAACCUGGCUGACCUGCAGGCCCAGAUUGCAGCCAAUAACAAGGGCAUCCAGCUGGUGAGGGAGCUCAUCGACCACUACGGGCUGGCGGCAGUGCAGGCCUACAUGGGCCACGUGCAGCGGAACGCCGAGCUGGCCGUCCGAGACCUGCUGCGGGGGGUGGCGGCCGGCGCCCGUGAGAAGCUGGGCAGGGCCCAGCUGGAGGCCUGGGACUGCAUGGACGACGGCUCGCGCAUCUGCCUGCGCGUGCAGCUCAAGGAGGACGAGGGCUCUGCGGUGUUCGACUUCUCUGGCACGGGGCGGGAGGUGUACGGCAACUGCAACGCUCCCCGUGCCGUGACGCUGUCUGCCAUCCUGUACUGCCUGCGCUGCAUGGUGGGGCACGACAUCCCCCUCAACCAGGGCUGCCUGGCACCUGUACAAGUGGUGCUCCCCAGGCACUCGCUGCUGAAUCCGUCGGCCGAUGCUGCUGUGGUGGGCGGCAACGUGCUCACCUCGCAGAGGGUGGUGGACGUCGUCUUCAAGGCCUUCGGCACUUGCGCCGCUUCGCAGGGGUGCAUGAACAACAUCACAUUUGGAGACGACAGCCUGGGCUACUACGAGACGGUGGCGGGAGGAGCUGGUGCUGGACCAGACUGGCACGGCCGCAGCGGUGUGCACACCCACAUGACCAACACACGCAUCACAGACCCCGAGAUCCUGGAGCGCAGGUACCCCGUUGUGCUCGAGCAGUUCCAGCUGAAGCCAGGCACAGGCGGGGCGGGCCUCUACAGGGGCGGCGACGGCGUCGUCCGCCAGCUGCUCUUCCGCAGGCCCCUGCAGCUCUCCCUGCUCACCGAGCGGCGCGUCUUCGCUCCCUACGGACUCCAAGGGGGACUUCCCGGGAGCCGCGGUGUCAAUGUGCUGCACUUCAAGAAUGGCCGGACCGUCUGCCUGGGCUCGAAGGCCUCCGUGAGCGUGUCGCCCGGGGACGUUCUAUGUGUGGAAACUCCCGGAGGUGGCGGCUACGGCAUCCCUCUGCAGUCUGAGGAAGAUUCCAAACAGGCUUGAGCUCAAGAGUUCCAGAGACAGAUAUGUCAAAGCCUGCCUCUGGUGUGACUGAGUGAAGGGUUUAUAUUAUAGUUAUUAAAGUUUUUCAUCCUCUA